AUUUGUCAGACGGUGACACAGUUAAGAUCGUUUCGUGACUGUAAACUUGAAAUCUUAAAUCCGAUGUUCAGUGAUAAUAUAUUGUGUUAUUUAUGCCUGUAUUUAUGUAACGUGAUAUUUGUUGUGAUAUUAAUUGUUAUAUCUGUAUAAAUGCUUUUUUUUAUUUAUUUCUACAGAUAAUUGUAAAUAAAAAAAUAACCAGGUGUUUAUUAUUUAUCAAGACGUGAUGUAUCAUUGGCAGAGUCAAAAUGUUAAAGUUUCUGGAGUGGAUGAUAUGGUUUUGCUCCCGAAAAUUACCGAGGAUGCUAUUACAGACAAUCUUCGGAAAAGAUACAUGGACGACUACAUAUUUACAUGUAUUGGUCCUGUACUAGUAUCAAUUAAUCCUUUUAAGCAAAUGCCAUAUUUUGGAGAAAAGGAAAUCGAAAUUUACCAAGGAGCAGUACCUUAUGAAAAUUCUCCUCAUAUAUAUGGAUUAGCAGAUAAUAUGUACAGAAAUAUGUUAAUUGAUAAGGAAAGCCAAUGUGUUAUCAUCAGUGGAGAAUCAGGUGCUGGUAAAACAGUUUCAGCAAAAUAUAUUAUGUCAUAUAUUGCAAAGAUUAGUGGUGGCAGUGCAUCUGUGCAGAAAAUAAAAAAUGUUAUUUUGGAAUCUAAUCCUCUUUUAGAAGCUUUUGGCAAUGCGAAAACUGUACGGAACAAUAACAGUAGCAGAUUUGGGAAAUAUGUAGAAAUACAAUUUGGUCCUGGCGGUCAACCAAGUGGAGGGAAAAUUUCGAAUUUUUUGCUAGAAAAGUCAAGAGUCACUUGUUAUAAUAUCGGUGAAAGAAAUUUUCAUAUAUUUUACCAACUUGUAACAGGCACAAAUCAGCAAAUGAAGUCUGAACUUGGAUUGACGAAUGUUGAUUAUUAUCGUUAUCUCAAUUAUGGUGAAGGUCAUAGAGUUGAUGACAUAAAUGAUGUUCACGAUUUUCAAGCAACUUUAAAAGCUUUAAAUAUCAUGGCAAUAAACGAUUCUGAAAUAAGUGAUAUUUUCAAAAUUGUUGCGGGAAUACUUCACAUAGGAAAUAUUCAAUUUGUUGAGGAUGGAAAUUAUUCAAAAAUUGCUAAUAAACGAUGUCUUGAUUUUCCAGCCCAUUUGCUCGAGAUUUCAAUAAAGCAAUUAGCUCAAAAAUUAAUAUCACGCGAAUUUGAAUCUAAAUGGGGAGGUCAGUCUGAAAGCGUUGAUGUUACGUUAAACGUAGAACAAGCUCUCUACACUAGGGAUGCUUUGGCGAAGGAUAUCUAUACUAGACUUUUUGAUUACUUGGUUAAGAAAAUUAAUGCAGCUAUGGAAACCAAUACAGAGUGCCUUGAAAUUGGAAUUUUGGAUAUUUACGGAUUCGAAAUUUUUGAAAAAAAUGGUUUUGAACAAUUUUGUAUAAACUUUGUGAAUGAAAAAUUACAACAGAUCUUCAUAGAACUCACCCUAAAAGCUGAACAAGAGGAAUAUAUAUCGGAAAAUAUAAAAUGGACUCCGAUAGAAUAUUUCAAUAAUGCGGUUGUUGUAGAGCUUUUGGAAGGUAAACGUCCACCAGGAAUCUUUUUAAUACUUGACGAUGUAUGUGCUACGCUUCACAGUGGAAGUACGGGUGCGGAUGCAGACUUGCAAAAGAAACUUGGAGUUGCAUCAAACAAACAUGAACACUUUCAAAGCACACAAGACGGAUUUGCUCUUGUACAUUAUGCCGGUGUUGUUUCUUAUUCGGUUGAUGGAUUCUGUGAUAAAAAUCGCGAUGUACUUUUCUUAGACCUCGUGGAACUAAUGCAAACAAGCACUAAUUCUUUGAUCCAGAAACUCUAUCCACCAGAAUUUCAAGCGAAUAAAACAAAAACGCUUAGAUCCAGACCUACUACUGCUGGUAACAAGAUCAGAAAUCAAGCAAGUCAAUUGAUGAAUCAAUUGAUGAAAUGUACACCGCAUUAUAUUAGGUGCAUCAAACCAAAUGAGACAAAGAAACCACGUGACUGGGAUUCGGUUAGAGUAAAACAUCAAGUAGAAUAUUUAGGAUUAAAAGAAAAUAUUAGAGUACGUAGAGCUGGUUUUGCGUAUAGAAGGCCAUUCGCCAAAUUUUUACAAAGAUAUGGAAUUCUCACAAAAGAAACUUGGCCACGUUGGACCGGCAACGAAAAACAGGGAGUCGAGUGGAUAUUAGGAAGUCUUAAUAUUGAUCGAUCAAAUUAUCAGCUUGGAAAAACAAAAUUAUUCAUAAAAGCUCCCGAAAGUCUGUUCACGUUAGAAGAAGCAAGAGAUCGAAAAUACAAUAUGUACGCUAGAGUAAUUCAAAAAGCGUUCAAGAAAUAUUUUGCUCGAAAGAGGCAAGAACAAGAAAAGCAGGAAGCAGCUGAUUUGUUGUUUGGCCGCAAAGAACGUAGACGAGCUAGUUUAAAUAGACACUUCAUAGGUGAUUACAUUGGAUUAGAAGACAAACCUCAAAUAUUAAAUUUAAUCGGAAGGAGAGAAAAAGUUUUCUUCGCCGAAGUUGUGAAGAAAUAUGACAGAAGAUUCAAGAUCAGUAGAAAGGAGUUAAUUCUAACUAACAAAUAUUUAUAUCUCAUUGGUCGAGAGCAAAUCAAAAAAGGCCCAGAGAAAGGAAAACUGGUAGAAGUAAUAAAACGGAAAUUAUCAUUUAGUCAAAUUAGUUAUGUGUCAUUAAGUAAGCUUCAGGAUGGUUUUCUUAUUAUUCAUGUAAAAGAAGAUUAUGAUAGCUUACUAGAAUUAAUAUUUAAAACAGAAUUCUUAAUUAAUAUUAGCAAACGAUACGUCGAAGAAACCGGUCAUAUUCUAAACAUAAAAUUUAGUAACAAUUUAGAAUUUAAAGUUAAGAAGGAAGGAUGGGGAAGUGGAGGUACAAGACAAAUACAUUUUAUACAAAUGGAAUACGGCAAUAAGGAAACUUUAAAGCCGAGUGGAAAAAUUCUGAACGUUUGGAUCGGACCAGGAUUACCAUGUACUACUAAUCCAAAUAUUAAUAAAGCAACAACGUCGAUGAAACAACAAUAUAAUAUGGUGAAGAACAGUCAUCCACUUUUAUCAUCUACUUUGCAGUCAAAUCCAAACAGAUCAAUUCAGAAAACUAUUCAACCUGCAAUUACAGAACAAAAUCAAAUUUUAGAUCACAAAAUUAAUCAUAUGAUAUCUUCUAAUAUGAACAUACCCGAAAGGCCUACUUUUCAACCACUUAUAGAAAAAUUUAAUUCUUCAAAUACUUUACAUACGUCUACGCAAACAAGAGAGAAGAAGCAAGUAACAAAACAGCCGAGAAAGAUAGAAAAUAAUGGUGUGCCUUUAAUGGGUAUGUUCACUAAUGUAAAAGAUGUUCCCCGUGGCUUAAUCAAAUUUCCACCGCCUCCUUCGGAACCACCGCCACCACAAACAUCAAUCAGUCAUCCAGGCUUUAAACUUCCGCCUAUUGAUAGUAGUAAUCCUAUUAAUAACAAAAACGUAAAGUAUCAUAAAGAAAUGCAAGCUGGACAAAUAGUAAAUAAAACUGAAGAUAAUAAGUCUCGUGUUAUUCCGGGUAAUAAGCCACGUCCGCAAAAACCAGCAGUACCUCAAUUACCUAAAGCUAAAGCUUUAUACGAUUACAAUCCUCAAGAUCACGAUGAAAUAGGACUUAAAGAAGGUGACAUCGUUGAAAUACUUAAAGAACACGAAGGUGGUUGGUGGUACGGGAGACUCACAGGAAAAACAGGAUUGUUUCCAUCAAAUUACGUUGUCAAGAUAUGAAGCGUGUAUAUUUUUAAAAUAAUCAUAGUAUUUUACAAAAUUAAAAUAUAAUUAAAGUAGAGUAAUUAUUUACACAAUCAAAUGAAAUUUAUUUUAAGGGAGAAUUAAUUUUUUAUUGUUAAAAUUUUUCAUUAUUUUUAUUUAUAAUACAUUCUA